CUCAAGCACUCUCAGGUUGCGCACAAGUUGACACGACACAUAAUUAAUUUUCAAAUCAAGAGAGUAUGCCGAUAAUAAAUACUUGAUUCUGUUCCAAAUCUGCGACCCCGCUCGAACGCCUCGAAGAGCUACAAGCUCCGGGCUACCCUCCUCAUUCUCGAUUUACUUCCUUUGACGCCAGUAUUCAGAAUGUCUGCCGAAUACCUCUACCGCGGUCAGGGAGGGCUCAAUGAUGAUCCAAACAACCCAAAUCGAGCUGGACAACCUGCGAAUCAGUUCCAGCCUCCUAUUGCCCCUUCACCGUACCAGCAGCCAGGUACGGGAUACAACAAUGCGGCGCCAAAUCAACAGUACAACAGUCCGCAAAUGGGACAACCAUCACCAUAUGGAGCUCAGCAAGGGCAGGGGUACUUUCCAGACACAGGCGUACAGACACAAGAUGGAGGUCUGGCAUCGCAGAUGGGGGGUUUGGGACUUGGAGAAAUUAGUUCCCAUGGCAGGAAGAAGAAGAAGGAUAGACAUGCCCAUCAUAUCGUGGAACCUUCCGGAUCGUCCGCAGCUUUCAAUGGCACGCCCCAAGGAGACUUUCCUCCCCCAGCAUACUUAAAUUCAGAUCCAUCAGCAAUGCCUGUCCCACAGGCAGGGCCAUAUUCGAACACACCAGUUACACCUCAGAUGUCACAAUUCCCUGCUCCUGCCAAUGGACCGUUCAACCCUGCGAACCUCGCAACUCCAGCAGAAUUUGCAUCUCGCAAUGGUGCAGCUGACCCUGGAUUCUCUGCGAAUAUGCAAGCUUCUGCGCAAGGUCGAGUUGACCCAGAUCAAAUCCCAAGUGUCCCAAGGUCCAGAGAUGCCAUAGCACAAUACUAUCUGAACAAUGUGUACCCAACCUUCGAGCACCAUAUCCCUCCUCCCGCAUCGGUAUCAUUUGUUGCCUUCGAUCAGGGAAACGCUUCUCCCAAAUUUACUCGUCUCACAAUGAACAGUAUCCCCUCAGCAUCAGAUGCUCUUCAAUCGACUGGUCUCCCACUUGGUCUACUUUUACAACCACUUGCACCCUUACAACCAGGCGAGCUUGAGAUACCUGUCCUGGAUUUCGGAGAAAUUGGGCCACCGAGAUGUCACAGAUGCAGGGCAUAUAUCAAUGCUUUCAUGGUAUUCCGAUCUGGAGGAAACAAGUUUGUUUGCAAUAUGUGCAAUUACGCGAAUGAUGUUCCGCCAGAAUAUUUCUCGGCAACCACACCUCAAGGGGCUCGCCUAGACAGAGAGCAACGCCCAGAGUUGAUGAGAGGCACUGUUGAAUUCUUGGUGCCCAAGGAAUAUUGGUCGAAGGAGCCUGUUGGGUUGAGGUGGCUCUUCCUAAUCGAUGUUGGUCAAGAAUCUUUUAACAAAGGCUUCUUGGAGGCAUUUUGCCAGGGCAUCAUGGCGGCGCUGUACGGGAAUGAUCAGGGUGGAGAAGGCGAGCCUCAGAGGCGUAUUCCAGAAGGCGCCAAAGUUGGCUUCGUCACUUUUGACAAGGAUAUCCACUUUUACAAUAUGAAUCCGGCUCUGGAUCAAGCUCAGAUGUUGAUCAUGCCUGACAUUGAGGACCCAUUUGUACCUCUUGAGGAGGGACUGUUUGUUGAUCCCUACGAAGCGAAGACGAAUAUCAGCUCGUUAUUGAGUAAUUUACCUGCCUUAUUUUCUCAAAUAAAGAAUCCCGAACCGGCUCUUCUUCCAACCUUAAACGCAGCCUUGGCCGCGCUGGAGAAGACCGGCGGAAAGAUUGUCUGCUCCCUUGCCGCCCUGCCAACGUGGGGCCCAGGUCGACUUUUCCUUCGGGAUGACGGUAAACAACAUGGUGGGGACGCUGAAAAGAAGCUUCUCAACACGGAACAUCCAGGUUGGCGGAAGACUGCUGAGAAGAUGGUGGCCGCUGGCGUGGGCGCAGACUUCUUUAUGGCUGCUCCUGGCGGCGGAUACCUUGACAUUGCAACUAUUGGUCAUGUGUCAGCCUCAACUGGUGGCGAGACAUUCUACUACCCUAAUUUUGUGUCGCCUCGUGACACAGAAAAGCUUUCACAGGAAAUCAUACACACCGUAACACGAGAGACUGGCUAUCAAGCGCUGAUGAAGGUCCGAUGCUCUAACGGUUUGCAAGUUUCUGCUUAUCACGGGAACUUUAUCCAGCAUACCUUUGGUGGUGAUGUUGAGUUUGGAGUUGUUGAUUCUGACAAGGCAAUGGGAGUAAUGUUCAGCUAUGAUGGCAAGCUGGAUUCCAAGCUCGAUGCGCACUUCCAAAGCGCACUAUUAUACACCACAGCGAGUGGCGAGCGAAGAGUUAGAUGCUCAAACGUCAUUGCCAGUGUCAGUGAUAACGCAAAGGACUGCAUGAAAUUUGUAGAUCAAGACGCUGUUUACACGCUGAUGGCAAAGGAAGCUGCCACUAAGAUGACAACGAAUUCUCUCAAGGAUAUCCGAGGUGCUUUGACCGAGAAGAACGUCAAUAUUCUUGCUGGAUACCGCAAGAACUUUUCCGGUUCCCAUCCCCCAGGUCAGCUCGUUUUGCCAGAAAACCUAAAGGAAUUCAGCAUGUAUGUGCUUGGUCUUAUUAAGUCAAGAGCAUUCAAAGGCGGACAAGAGCCUACCGAUCGACGGGUUCACGACAUGCGGAUGAUCAAGUCGAUGGGUGCUCUGGAACUCUCACUUUACCUCUACCCGCGAAUGAUUCCAAUCCACAACCUCACACCUGAGGACGGCUUUCCCAACCCAGAAGGUCAUCUCCACAUGCCACCGUCGAUAAGGUGUUCGUUCUCUCGCGUGGAAGAAGGCGGAGUCUAUCUCGUCGACAACGGACAGAACUGCUACUUGUGGAUGCAUGCACAAACUUCGCCCAACCUACUCAUCGAUCUCUUCGGCGAAGGCAAAGACAGUCUGAAGGCGCUGGACCCAUACAGCUCUUCCCUCCCAGUGCUGGAAACACAUCUCAGUGCCCAAGUACGGAACAUCCUUGAGUAUCUGAAGACUAUGCGAGGAUCGAAGGCUCUUACAAUCCAACUUGCGAGACAAGGCUUGGAUGGUGCGGAAUACGAGUUUGCGAGAUUAUUGGUCGAGGAUCGGAAUAACGAGGCGCAGAGUUAUGUAGAUUGGUUGGUGCAUAUUCAUCGGCAUGUACAGCUGGAGGUAAGUUCGCUCAUUUUAUCGGGGUAAAUCGUUUGCUAACGUAUGUAGUUGACGGGACAAAGGAAGAAGGAUGAUAGCGGCGAUAACUCGAUAGCAUCUAACUUUGCUGGACUACGGCCUCCCUAUUGGUGAAAAGGGUGAGGCUCGGAGGAGCGGGAAGCGUUACGAUUUGGCAUGGGUGUCUUGAGUACAUUUAGCGAGCAUAGAAAAGUACAUUCUUGAAAGGCUGUUUUUGCUGAAGCUCGAAGCAGGAGGCAUGUGAAGAUAUCCAAAUGAUACACCUCAAUUCAAAAUCUAUUUUACGCGGCCAAUGUUGAUAGCACAUUCCCGGGACUCGAGUCGCGGCUUGAGAAUAGCAUUUCAACGUGAGUCCUAGGCAAUAUCAAGACUAUCAGGGCCAGCAACAUAUCCUGGCAGUAUCACUAACUGAAGCUUGGGAAUCAUGGAUCAAACUCCUAAUCCACAUAUUAGCAUGGUACGAAGCCCAAGUUCUCGUCGGUUCACAGAUCCUUCCAAUACCCUUUUACAGAGACAAAGACAAAGACGGAGACAAAGACAGCCCAACAUAGACAAAUUUCUCCUAAAUAAGGCCAAAACGUCCAUAUCUAAAACCUACCAAACAUUUAAACUCACAAUUCAAAAUGGAAUCCACUAUCCCUCGAACAAACACCUCUUCCCCUCCUCCUACCCUUCCUUCUCCUCCUCCCCACCGCCACAGCUGCGCUUGCACCAUCCCGAAAUUCUGCACCUGCACCUGCCGAACUUGCAUCAACAACGGCAACCGCGAUCUCCGUCCCUUUGAGCACAUCCACUGGACCGACUUCUGCCUGUGCGCCAACGAGAUCCAUUCUGAGAACGGAGAUGAUUGUACAUGUGAGGGGAAGACAGCGCCGCUGGCUCGUGCAGCGAGGAUUGUGGUGAGGGAUUGUUGUAGAGAGGCAUUUGGAGAGGAGAAAGAGGGGGAGGUGAGGAAGUUAGAGAUGUGUGGAUGUAUGGCGUGG